AUGAGAUCAGAAGCAGAAUCUAGUAAUGACUUGGAUGGCGAGAUAAACCAAGUUCUGCGAUCCAUAGGAGGUGCACAGUAUGCUCCCUUCCAAGAUGGCCAAGUCCUGACUGGACCGGGUACCUCAUAUAACCUUCAUGAAGGUGGACAGGAACUGAUGGGAGGAGUACCACACUGCCUCCCCUUCCAAGAUGGCCAAGACCUGACUGGACCCGGUAUCUCAUAUAACCUCCACGAAGGUGGACAGGAAAUGGUGGGAGGAGUACCACACUACCUCCCCUUCCAAGAUGGCCAAGUCCUGACUGGACCGGGUACCUCAUAUAACCUUCACGAAGGUGGACAGGAAAUGGUGGGAGGAGUACCACACUGCCUCCCCUUCCAAGAUGGCCAAGACCUGACUGGACCCGGUAUCUCAUAUAACCUCCACGAAGGUGGACAGGAAAUGGUGGGAGGAGUACCACACUACCUCCCCUUCCAAGAUGGCCAAGUCCUGACUGGACCGGGUUCCUCAUAUAACCUUCACGAAGGUGGACAGGAACUGAUGGGAGGAGUACCACACUGUCUCCCCUUCCAAGAUGGCCAAGACCUGACUGGACCCCGUACCUCAUAUAACCUGCACGAGGGUGGCCAAGAAAUGAGGGAACUAUCACACUAUUUGCCAGUUCCAAACGGCCAAGCUAUGUGGGGAAUAGAGAGGACCAUGAACCUGGAUUCGACAGCAGACCAGAACCCAACAUUACAAACAACUUCUAUCACUGUCCCAUCUAUACCUGCUGGAUCUGACGAAAGCCGAAAUAACCACCAGUCGUCUUUCAGUUGGCCAAUUUCGGCAACCUGA